AUGACGUAUCCCCGUCCUGAUUUUGAACGUAACCCACUUCGUUGGGAGUCCCUCAACGGACAAUGGGAUUUCCUUUUUGAUGAUGGCGAUUCCGGCCUCAACGAGAAUUGGCAGCGUACAGGCCUUCCGGAGAAGGUCAACGCCGACAACUCUGCCAGUCGCAAAGAAACUGGCCAGAGCGACAGCGUGGUACAGAAGAUCAUGGGUGAUGCCCAUUCUCUCAUUCAGAACAAUGUCUUUGCUUCAUCGACGCAGACCACCAACUCAAAAACAAAAAUCAAUGUUCCUUAUGUCUUCCAAUCUCCCGCCUCUGGUAUCAAUGACCGUGGGGUUCAUGAGGUUAUGUGGUAUGAGCGUGCCAUCUCAGACUUGCGAUCGGCGCAGGAGAAAGAGAAGGGUCAUAAGCUGGUCUUGAGAUUUGGUGCUGUUGAUUAUGAGGCUACUGUUUGGGUCAAUGGAGAAUAUGUUGGCAGUCAUCGAGGUGGACAUGUUCCCUUCGAGAUUGACAUCACUGAUGCUGUGGAAGCCGCUAAAGAGGCUACUACUCAUCGAGUCACUCUGCGAGUCUAUGAUUCGGCUUAUGAUCUGACACAACUUCGAGGCAAGCAAUACUGGGCUGCUAAGCCCGAGACUAUCUUUUACACUCCGUCUGGCGGUAUCUGGCAGUCUGUUUGGUUGGAGGUUGUACCCAGUGCUCGUAUUGCUGAUAGCUCUUAUGGCACCGUUAUAAAGUCCAAUGACAUCCACUCUGGCCAGCUUCGAAGCACCAUCGCUGUCAAGGGACGACGAAUUGGAAAGGACUAUUCCGUCGAACUUGAAGCUAGCUUUGCUGGGAUUGCUGUUGCCAAAUCAGAGAAGAAAGCUCUUCCUCGAGAGACGAGCUCCGUUGGCGUUGAGCUAAACCUGCGCCUUUCCGAAGAGCAGAGGUCCAAGCUGCCCAAAUCUGUCACUGAGAGUGCCCCUCUGGACAACGAUUUUGCUUGGCGCGAUGGUGUUGCACUCUGGUCUCCCGAGCAUCCCCAACUCUAUGAUCUCAUCAUUCGCUUGUAUGAUGACGCAGGAAAUGUCAUAGACGAAGUCAAGACAACUACCGGCAUGCGAAACAUCAACUGGACAACAGGCGAUGGCACCUGGCGACUCAACGACAAGCCCUACUUCCAAGCUCUCUGCUUAGACCAAGGCUACUGGCCCGAAACAUUCAUGACUCCUCCUAGCUCAGAGAGCCUCAAGCUGGAUAUUGAGCUCGCUAAGAAGAUGGGUCUUAACGGCUGCAGAAAGCACCAGAAGGUCGAGGAUCCCCUGUUCUACUACUGGGCUGACAAGCUUGGCUUCCUCGUCUGGGGCGAGAUUGCGAACGCUUAUGCGUUCAGUGCUGAGUAUGUGGAUCGAUUCAACGCUGAGUGGACUGAAGCGGUUAAGCUGGUUAUCAACCGUCCAUCAGUCGUGACAUGGACUCCUGUGAAUGAAAGCUGGGCUUAUCCUAACCUUGAGGAUAAUGUUGAUCAGCGUAACCACAUUCGACAGCUCUACUAUCUCACCAAGGGCCUCGAUGAUACACGAAGUAUUAAUGACAACUGCGGCUGGCAGCACGUCCUUACUGACCUAACCACAUUCCACGACUAUAGCGAUGGUCCAGAGAUUGAAAAGACCUGUUCUACUCUUGAGGGCAUCAUUGGCCCCAAGGCUGGCCGAGGCGUCUUCCUACCACCUAUUCCUGGCGUUGACGAGGGCUCUAAGCAUAAACCUGGCGCUCCAGUCAUGAAUACCGAAUUUGGAGGUGUCAACAUUGCACCAGCCAAGAAGGAAGACGGUGAUAGCCUCGAUUGGGGUUACACCACUGCCACAAACGCUGAUGAUUUGGUCAAGAGAAUCGAGCGUCUUGUCAAUGGUGUCGUCUUGGGAGGACACUGCUGUGCUUUUGUUUAUACUCAGCUGGCGGAUAUCGAGCAGGAGGUCAACGGACUGUACACCUUCAACCGAGAGGAGAAGUUGGAUGCGUCCAAGGUUAAGGCUGUGAUUGACAAGGCUCUCGGUGCCUACUACAACAGGGUGAAAUGA